CCACACCUUCACACAAACUAAAACCCGCCAUUACCAUCAGAAAAAUCAACCACAGAGGACCUUACAUCGGUCUCGUGACCGUCAUUGAGACCGAAGAAGAUGCUUUUCUUGGCACUGUCGAUUUCAGACCCGAUCCUACUCAUCCCUUCCUCGAUCUCUCUGGUACCACUUGAAUCCAUUUCUUUUUUUUUUCUUCAGGUUUCUAAUGUUAAGAGAGUCUUUUGAUUGGUGUAAGUGGAAGUUAUAAGUCCCUAUGAGAUGUAAAUGAAUGCAGGAAGACGUUUUCAAAUUGGGAAGAUUCAUGGAAAGAAGGUUGUGUAUGUUAGAUGUGGGAGAGGAUUGGUGAACGCAGCAGCAGUAACACAACAGAUGAUAGAUGUGUUCAAUGUAAAAGGCAUCGUGCACUUUGGGAUUGCAGGAAAUAUAAACAACUCCAUGUCCAUAGGAGACGUGAGCAUUCCUAAGCAAAUCACCAAUGCAGGCUUGUGGGAUUGGCUGAAUCCAGACAAAGCAGAAGGAGGUGAGGAUGUAGCAUACUUAGAUUUCCGGAACUAUAAUGUUCCACAAGGAGAUGACAACAACAAUAUGUUAGGGAGUAUUGGAUACAGUUACGAGCAACUAUAUUCAGUCACUGGUCACACCAAUUCACCUCAGAAUGUGUUUUGGAUCAAUACAACUCAAGAGUGGCUUCAUCUUGCAGCUGAUCUAGAGAAGAUGGAGCUGUUGCAGUGUGUGAACUCAAGUUUGUGUCUUCCAGAGAGACCAAAACUGGUUGUUGGAUUAAAGGCAGCCACUGCCGAUAUAUUUGUGGAUAAUGCAGCUUACAGAAAUUUCUUAUACGAUACUUUUGGAGUUUCAUCCUCAGAUAUGGAGAGUUCUGCAGUGGCUAUGACGUGCGUGUCAAAUGGGUAUCCCAUAAUAGUGAUAAGGGGAUUAUCAGAUUUAGCUGGAGCUCAAACAGGACAUAACGCUGUUCGAAAGUUUGGAUCUUUGGCUGCCACUAACACUGCAAAAGCUGUUUUAGAGUUCAUUAAGAAGCUGCCACCCAACUACAACCAUAAAUCAUACGGCGAACCUAUUAUGAUCAAUGAUUGAAUCUUGUAUUCUUUUCCUUUUUAUACGUAUUUACUAUUCAGCAAGUAUAGGUUGAUGAUGUGAACCAAACAAUCAAACAUAUAAACAAUUAAACAAAGGCAA